AUGGGACCAAGCAAGAUCCUGCUCAUGGCGGACGGUGGGGGCAGCUCGUUGCAUAUUCUCCUGUCCACCCGAGGCUUGAGUGACGAUAGUCGCCUGCAAAAUUCAAAAUCGGCUAGGCUUCAUCCAUUCGCCGCAUCCAAGAAGAAGCCAGGGAGGUUCACUUCAACCCUCAAGCAUCCAGAAACAGUUAUGGGCGCUGAUGCUUCUUGUGCUUGUUCGAUCGAGGUGCUGCAGAUUAUGUCGGAACUGCACAAUGUCCACGCCGUUGUGGAUGUCGAGACAGCACUUGACCUAAUCCAUCGCGUGUGUGGACAAGGGAAAAGCAUUAUCAAGUGCAAAGUCUGCACAAAAACGCCCCAAUCACCCGUCGUCACCCUUCCGGCACUUUCAGAGCAAUGCCUUCCUCUCCUUGAAGCCCUAUGCUCGGCAUACGAUAUAUCCACUCAGCCGGGCUUCUUUGACUCGGCUAUGCUGGCCUUCGACCAGGCUCCAUCUUCCUUUAUAUGCAUUCGAAGCAAAGUCAUCCUGGGUCAAACCGAACUUGACGAAGAUGAAACGCGACUACUGAUCCGAACCUUGCUUGGACGAAGUUUGAUCAGACUGGUGGAGCUGAUGGAGGGUCUCAAGGGAGUUCUAUUGGCGAUGCUGGAAAGUGAGCACAACCAUCGAAACGCUACAGCAACGAUCCGAUCCUGUGAAUCAUCGAUGGAGUCCAUCAUCAGUCGGCUGGCGGUGCUGAUGCAGAUCACUGAAGGAGAGUGCGACACACAACUAUUGACAUGA